CCUUAAGAGCCACAGUUACAAACAGAAACCUUUCUCUGCUUCUUUCUUUCCUUCCUUCUACCUGAAGCCAAAGUUUGUUUUGGGAGCCAGAAAUUCUGAUGAGAAUUCUCGGCGGCGACCCCGGAAGGGGUCGUCAUUGGCCACAUUUUCUUGUGGUCUUGACUGUUAUACUUGUAUCUAAUAAUGCAGGCUCAGUUUCUGGUGAUCCAUACGUAUACAGUUCUCCACCACCCCCUUAUGAGUACAAGUCACCUCCACCACCAUAUGAAUACAAAUCACCACCACCACCUUCUCCAUCUCCUCCACCACCAUAUGUCUAUAAGUCACCUCCACCACCUUCUCCAUCUCCACCACCUCCAUAUCUGUACAAAUCACCACCACCUCCUUCACCUUCACCACCACCACCUUAUGAGUACAAGUCACCACCACCACCUUCACCUUCACCACCGCCACCUUACGUGUACAAGUCACCCCCGCCACCUUCUCCAUCUCCACCACCACCCUAUGAGUACAAGUCACCACCACCACCGUCACCUUCACCGCCGCCACCUUAUGUGUACAAGUCACCCCCACCACCUUCUCCAUCUCCACCACCUCCAUAUGUGUACAAGUCACCACCACCUCCUUCACAUUCGCCACCACCACCCUAUGAGUACAAGUCACCCCCACCUCCUUCACAUUCACCACCACCACCCUCACCCUAUGUCUAUAAGUCACCACCUCCACCAUCCCCAUCCCCACCACCUCCAUACUACUACAAGUCUCCUCCACCACCUUCUCCAUCACCACCACCACCAUACUACUAUAAAUCACCACCCCCACCUUCACCAUCUCCACCUCCACCAUAUUACUACAAGUCCCCCCCACCUCCUUCUAAGUCACCACCACCACCUUACUACUACAAAUCCCCACCACCACCCACUAAGUCCCCUCCCCCGCCGUAUUAUUACACUUCUCCGCCGCCCCCAGCUAUGGCUCCGGUUGUUAAAGUAGUCGGAAAAGUGUACUGCUACAGAUGUUACAACUGGGAGCACCCAUCAAAGUCUCACGAAAAGAAACAUCUCAUGGGUGCACUGGUGAAGGUGACAUGCAAAGAUGGUGAGAAGAGCAUCACAGCAUAUGGGAAGACUAAGAUCAACGGCAAAUACAGCAUCACAAUCCCAGCUGGUUUUGAUUAUGAGAAGUAUGGAGUCAAAGCAUGCAUGGCUAGGCUGUACAAGGGCCCAAAGAACUCUUCUUGCAAAGUUCCCACUAAAUUGAAUGGUGGGACCACAGGGGCUAAACUGAAGGUGAAGUCCAAAACUCACCAUGAGGUUGUGCUCGAGGCUAAGCCCUUUGCUUAUGCUCCCAAGACUCCCUACAAGGAAUGCUACAAGCCUUCUCCUUACUAUUACAAGUCUCCACCACCACCAUCACCUUCUCCACCACAUCCAUACUACUACAAGUCUCCACCACCACCAGUGAAAUCCCCUCCAUCUUCAUACUAUUACAAGUCUCCCCCACCACCAUCACCCUCUCCUCCACCUCCAUACUUGUACAAAUCUCCACCACCACCCUCUAAAUCUCCACCACCUACUUACUACUACAAGUCACCUCCACCACCAUCAGCAUAUCCUCCCCCACCUUACUAUUACAAAUCACCACCCCCACCUUCAAAAUCACCACCACCACCCUCACCAUCUCCACCACCACCAUACUACUACAAGUCACCGCCACCACCAUCCCCAUCUCCUCCCCCACCAUACUAUUACAAAUCCCCACCCCCACCUUCAAAAUCACCACCACCUCCAUACUACUAUAAGUCACCCCCACCACCUUCCCCAUCUCCUCCACCCCCAUACUACUACAAAUCCCCUCCCCCACCCUCACCAUCUCCACCACCACCAUACUACUACAAGUCACCGCCUCCACCAUCACCGUCUCCUCCUCCACCAUAUUAUUACAAAUCCCCACCACCACCAUCACCAUCUCCCCCACCACCAUACUACUACAAGUCCCCACCACCACCGUUGAAGUCUCCACCACCACCUUACUACUACAAAUCUCCACCACCCCCAUCUCCAACCCCUCCUCCGCCCUACUACUACAAAUCCCCACCUCCACCCUCACCAUCUCCCCCACCUCCAUACUAUUACAAGUCACCACCACCACCAUCCCCAUCUCCUCCCCCACCAUACUAUUACAAAUCCCCACCGCCACCAUCACCAUCUCCACCACCACCUUACUAUUACAAAUCACCACCACCGCCAUCUCCAACCCCUCCUCCACCCUACUACUACAAAUCCCCACCGCCACCAUCACCAUCUCCCCCACCACCAUACUACUAUAAGUCACCACCACCACCAUCCCCGUCUCCUCCUUCACCAUACUAUUACAAAUCCCCACCACCACCAUCACCAUCUCCUCCACCACCAUACUACUACAAGUCACCGCCACCACCAUCCCCUUCU